AUGUCCUUAGCACCAGAAAUUCGUCAGGAUCCAAGCUUUGCAGAUCUACUCGAAUUUUGGUCUCUUCGCUACAGAAGUCCUCCCAAACCCGAUACCGAGGCUGAAUGCAUUGUUGUGCUUGAGUUGGCAGACGUUCUAGACGCAGUUAUUGCAGCUAAUUACAUUGCUCGUCAGAGGUUUCCGGAUGAAUAUUGGAAGGUCCUCGUUUCCCAACAUCUGCAACGUCUAUUGUCAAAUCGCAUGGCACCAUAUAUCCUGAAACAGGUCAAAGACACCUCGACUUUCCCAGAUUGCUUCUUUGAAGCUGAUGGGAUUACAUGGCUGGCCACUCGCCUCCGUGCUCCUAACUAUGAGACUGAACGAGAUGACAUGGUCGAGCUCAUUAUUCACUGCAUCGAGGAAUCUACAAGUGUAACCGCCUUCCGCAACAGCCUACAUUUGGUGUCAACCUACAUUGAAGUGACGGGUCCAGUUGAGGCUGCCCAUCGUUCGUAUAGUCUCUUUGAAGAAAUCCUCACGAAAAUCCUCACUUUUAGAGCUCCAUGUCAAAAUCACUCUCGCCUUCGAUGUAGUCCCUUCAGGGACUCACUAAUCAGGAAUGGGCUAGAAGACCAGCUCAAAGGCGAGGUAGAGACAAUAAUUGAGACCUGCAAGCGCAACUAUCUCCUAUCGCCGCCCGCAGAUGGGGACUACAAUUUAUGA